GGCAACUACCCCCGCAGCGCCUGGAGCUACGGCCUACCAGCUCAGUCUGCUCAGAGCAUCCCCGCUGUUGUAUACUGCUCACCAAGCAUCCUUGCUUUUCAUUAGCCGAAGUCUAAUGCUUAAUAAAACCCCUUCGUCAGCCUGACUCUGUGAGCUCCGACCUGCGCCAACCUCCAGAAUGACUGACCAGUUUCCUGCCGCGCUAGUCGGCCCCUCGUCGAAGGAGAGGAAGUACGAUCGACAGCUGCGUCUAUGGGCUGCCAGCGGCCAACAGGCCCUGGAGCAGUCUCGAGUGCUCUUGGUCAACUCUGAUGGCUUUAUUGAUGGAGAGAAUACCCCAAUCGGCGGUGUUGCUGGCGUCGAGACGCUCAAGAAUCUCGUCCUCCCAGGCGUGGGUGGGUUCACGAUAGUCGACCCAGCCAUUGUCAGCGAGACCGACCUGGGCAUCAACUUCUUUCUAGAAGAAAGCAGUCUAGGGAAAUCUCGAGCUCAAGAAACUUGCAAUCUUCUGAAGGAACUCAAUCCAGAUGUGGACGGAGACUUUAAAGUUGAGCCGAUCUCAGACCUCCUUCAACAACCCGACUUCCUUUCUCAGUACAAGCUGGUGGUGGUGUCAGGGCCUAUCAAACGAUCCUCCCUCGAUGCUAUCACAAGCUCCGCCGAACAACUUGGCGUUCCCUUGAUUUACGUUCGUUCCGUUGGCUUCUACUCCUCGUUCUCAUUACAACUUCCGACAGAGUUUCCUAUUGUUGAGACUCACCCCGAUCCGGAAUCUACACAAGAUCUGCGCCUCACCAAUCCGUGGCCUGAGCUACAUGCUGUGGUUUCACAAAUCGCCAACCUCGAAGCAUUAGAUGAUCACGACCAUGGCCACGUGCCUUAUAUUUUACUCCUACUAUACUACUUAGAUCGGUGGAAGGCCGAACACGACGGUAAAGCGCCGGAAAACUACAAAGAAAAGACGGCAUUCAGGGACUUGGUACGGUCUGGAGCAAGAACGAACAAUGCAGAGGGUGGGGAAGAGAACUUUGACGAGGCCGUCAGCGCGGUUCUCAAGAGCAUUAACCCCUGGUCGUUACGGAGUAACAUCAGGGAGAUUUUCGAUAUGGAUCAAUGCACGAACUUGAAAACAGAUUACGAUAACUUCUGGAUCAUUGCUUCAGCUCUGAAGGCGUUCUAUACAAAGCAUAAUGUCCUUCCACUACCCGGAUCUCUUCCAGACAUGAAAGCAAAAUCGGCCGAUUAUAUCACCUUACAGAACAUUUUCAAAUCCAAGGCUCGCCAAGACGUAGAGGAAGUCUUAGCUACCGUUCGUUCCAUCGAGACACAACUAUGUGACAGGACCGCGCCGGUUACAGAGAAGGAGGUUGAGGUAUUCUGCAAAAACGCCUCGCACGUCAAGGUUAUUCGUGGCCGACAGAUACCUCGGAUCUCUACAAACGCCAACCAAACACUCAAAACUAUUCGAAACGGGCUUGGCAACCCAGAAUCCAAGAUCCCCACAUACAUCGCCUUUGAGGCUUUGGAUGUCAUUGUGGAUGGAAUCCAAAACGAAAAGCUAACCCCGAAUGCAUUGGAUAACGAUGAUGUCUGGAAUACCACCAUUGAGCGCCUAUUAGUCACAAUUGCAGAGGGUGAUAACUCCGUUAUCAACGCUGAAAACCGUGAGAGCGUGACCAAAGCCGCGCAGGAACUGCGCCGCACCGUGGGGGGAGAAUUGCACAAUAUUUCGUCUCUAACUGGAGGGCUGGUUUCGCAGGAAGCCCUAAAGGUGCUGACGAGGCAAUAUGUGCCGUUAGAUAACACCUGCAUCUUUGAUGGCGUCAGUAGUGGUAGCGAGAUGUUCCGCCUGUAAAAUCCCUCUUAUUUCUUAUGACAAGAACCUCUAUGAUGUAAUGAAUAAAAUGACUAGAACACUACAAUAAAGACUUUAAAGUAUCUGAA